AUGAAGCUCUAUCCGAAAGGGGUCUGGCAACAGUCCCUAGAAGCUCCUCGACACCGCCGUCAAGACAAACUAUGUCGGCGAGCAAGAAUUCGUACUCUUGUCCAAGAGAUUGCGGCAGCUAAACAUCGGCGGGUGGUGGAGCAAAAGACCGCCCAGCGAACGCAACCGUCAAAGCUAGAGUCCGAGGUCGCCAGCCACAACGUGCUCAUGUUGAAAGUCGCAGUCGGGUGGCCAAAGUCUGCCACUUCAGUCAAGCAGUCGUCGAGGCGGCCCGUCGUUCUCGGACGAUUUGAGGACGACGGCCGUUUCCGCUGUCGAGUUCAGCAGUAUGACACCAACGGCAACUCGCUGUCAGAUGAGCAUAAGCAUCGAGGCUCCCUUGAUGUUCUUCCUGGCGAUAUUGAACUCAUUCACUCCUUCAGCAAGCACUACCACAACUUACCAGAGGCAGUUUCAAAUAUGUUGUUGAGACAGGAAAGACGCUUCUACCACUUGUUUUAUUCCUAUUGGGGCAUUCGAAAUACCUGGCAAUAA